AUUAUAAAACUUCCUUCCACAAGGAAUUUGCAAAUGACCAAUGGAAAAUACAUCACCUUUGAAAACUUUUUCUAAUCCUUGACCAUUAAAUGUAUCUACAUUCAUUUCCUGUCCCAAUGAGUUCACAUAAGUAUUGUUUGGUAAAUCUUUGUCUAUUCACAAUUGUCAGGGUUUUCUUCAAGCAGUGGCAAGAACCCAGACACCAGGUUUAUAAACUCUUUAUACUGUGAAAUAUUGAGAGAUCUGCCUGGUGGUGAUAGGCAUUAUGUGAACUCUUUGCAAAAGAAAGUGAAUGCAACAUUCAAUAUGUAACAUUCCAGCCAUUCAUUUAACUGUAAACUGUAUGAACCAUAGCUUGAACAUUCACUCAGUUUCUGUAUAAUUGAGAAAGCGAACAGUGAGCAUCAUAGCACAACCUUUUUUUUUGUUAUCAAGCAUGUGUAUGGCCUAAUGUGUGUUUAUACAAACAACAUAGUUAUCCCUUUAAUGAUUGCGUUUUUGUGAGAAUAAUAUUGCAACUCUAUUCAAAAGUAAAAGAAUUCAGACAUAACUUCUGCCUACACAAUAUCCAUUACCCAGACGUUGCUCUCUAGAAUGGAAUUGAACUCACUGCGGAAAUCAGGAAAACUAUCAUAGCUGUCAGACAGUUCUAGGAGCAUCCCACAUGUGUGUCCAAUUGGCCUUCUUGUGAAGCUGGUCUGAACUGUAAACUCAACCUCAAUUAUUCCAGAUAACAAUAAAUCAGAGCCAGUGCAGAACCUCAAAAAUCUUCCUAGCUUUUCCUCGUUAAGCUCCCUGACGUAUCUUUUCAGGUGCUGUGCCACUUCUGCCUGCUUGGAUGUCAUCUCUGUAGGAAAGUUUAAUAUUCCUACUACUCUCUUUGGGGUGGGUUUGAAAUCAUUAUACAUUUUGGUCAGUUCGCCAGAUUUUAGAUGAAUCAGUGGCUGUGUGACCUCCCUCCAGCAGUCGAUGACAAACAUUGAUUUCUGCACAAGUUCCUUGUGAGAUAUUUCAGCCAAGAUGUCUGGAAGAGUAGCAGCAGUGACUCUCUUCCUACAUUCAUAUCUGUCAAGCACUUCAAGAAGGUCAUCAUCAUCAACAGUGUCAAAAUGAUCUAAUGCAUGCUUGAGGACAUCUUGUUCUUGUGUGCUCACAUACAUCAGAAAGCUUCUUGUCAGAUCACUGUGUACCUCCCCAUAAAACAUCUCCUCAAGGAAAGGAGGGGCAAGUUUAAUUGGCAAAUACUGGCAAUCUUGAAAUCCUUUCAGAAGAAUUCUCCCGACUGCUUUCCAAGUGGCAGCACAGAAAUCAUGUCUAAGAAAGGGCACUUUGAAAGUUGUUCCAAGCGUACAACGUUCGUAAAACUCUGCCCAGAAGCUACUGUAGACAUCUCUGAUUACACCAGAACCACUACCCCUCUCUACUGAGUUGUCAGGAAGAAGACGUCUGACUUUCAGUGUUUUGUUCAAGAUUUCAGGGUCAGAAAAGGCCUCUAUCAUUUCAUUGAAGCUGUUUGAGUAGUGCAAGACCAAAACUGUUUCAGGCAAAAGAUUAAGAGGACUUUGAGGUAACUCAAGAGGUUCAUAGAUCAAUGUGUCACUGAGGGAGUCAUCAUUCCCUGCUUGUGCACCAAAAGUGAUUUCAGGGUCAGCGUCAUCCUCAAUAACAUAAUUCUUGCCACUGUAAAAAGUUAUGGGAUCACUGAUGACAACUGUUCUUGUUUCUUGACUUGAGCUUGCAGAGCAUUCUCUCGUUACUGUAGAAUCUGUGAGGACUUCUUCAGAAACAAUAAACACAUCUGGAAUGGAGACAUGAACCUCAUCUGUUAAAUCCUGCCAACAAUGUCUGUCCACCAAUGGUUCAUCAAGGGCCUCGUUAUCUGGUACAUCAGGCUGAGGAACACAUUUGACACAGGUGUGGUUGUUAUCAUCAGACUCUUCACUUAACUCUGAUUUUAGUUGAGUUGAUAUAUAGAAGCGCAGAAGUGGGAGUUUAACUGUGUUGUAUAACAUUUCAACUGUGACAUCCUUGGGAAAAGGAUUUUGCUUGAAAUCCCAAACAUCAAAUUCAAAAUCACAUUCGUGACCUUUGCUGGAUUCUGGAAAGAAUAAGGACUUUCCUUGUUUUAGUAUCUCAUCACAUCCUGCCUGAAUGUUUAUAGGAAUCUUCCUUGUGCCCCCACCUUGCUUUGCUCUGACUUGUUUUGUUAUUUUGCCAUCAGUGUGAACCCAUCCUAUUUCAAUAUUUCCUCUUGCUGUUUUUGCUCUAGCUUUUUUGGUUUUGUUGGAGGUUCCUGGCUCCUCCUCUCCAGUUUGGUUUUCCUUUCUAAGCUUGAGCUUCUCCCUUAGCUUUUCAAAAAGUCCCUGCUUCCGUUUUGCUGAAUGUGUUUGACGCUUGCAAAAGUUGAACAAAGCAAUCCUGUCUCCAUAUGAUGGAAGAUAGUUUGCUAGCUGGGCAUCUUCCAUUAGCAAGAUGACCUCUCUGUCAAUCUUUUGCUCUUGAAUCCAACUGAUUGUUUCUUCAGAUGUACCUCGACCUCUCAGGAAAGUCACAAUUUCUGACAGAUUCUCUGCCAUUAUGGAUCUUUUUUCAUCUGAACGGCUCCGGUGUUCCCCUGCCUAGUUGGAAUGAAACCGUGAGAGAAAAGUCUCCGUAAAACGCAGGCGGAGUGGGCCCUCUUCGUUAUCCACUGCUCUCUGGCCGGACCAUAGUCGGCCUGCUGCCACGUCAGUCGCUCCGUCACCGGCAACAACAUCCAACAUGGCGACGUCUAUCCGGGAGAAGCAGACAGCUGCCUUAAAGCGCAUGCUGAACUUCAACACUCCUCCUCUGAAGAACGCAGCGGCGGAGCCAGUAUGGAAGGUUCUGGUGUAUGACCGGUUCGGUCAGGACAUCAUAUCCCCUCUGCUGUCGGUGAAAGAACUGCGAGACAUGGGCAUCACCCUGCACCUGCUCCUUCACUCAGACAGAGACCCCAUUCCAGAUGUUCCAGCCAUAUACUUCCUCAUGCCCACGGAGGAAAACAUCGACAGGAUUUGUCAGGACUUGAGGAACCAGCUCUAUGAGUCUUAUUACUUCAACUUCAUCUCUGCCAUCAGCAGAAGUAAACUGGAGGACAUCGCCAGCGCUGCUCUUGCUGCCAAUGCCGUCAGCCAAGUCACCAAGGUUUUUGACCAGUACCUGAACUUCAUCACCCUGGAAGAUGACAUGUUCAUCCUCUGCCACCAAAACAAAGAGCUCAUCUCUUACCACGCCAUCAACAGAGCAGACAUCCAGGACACGGACAUGGAAACCAUCAUGGACACCAUUGUGGACAGUCUCUUUUGCUUCUUUGUUACUCUGGGUGCUGUGCCAAUAAUCCGCUGUCCUCGGGGAAACGCAGCAGAGAUGGUUGCUGUGAAGCUGGAUAAGAAGCUCCGGGAGAACCUUCGUGAUGCCAGGAACAGUCUAUUUACUGGAGAUGGUAUGGCUGCUGGACAGUUCAGUUUCCAGCGGCCCCUGUUUGUGCUGGCCGAUCGUAAUAUGGACAUGGCCACACCCCUUCACCAUACCUGGACCUAUCAAGCGCUAAUCCACGAUGUCCUGGACUUCCACCUAAACAGGGUGAUGAUGGAGGAGGGCGGGGCCACAGACGCAUCAUCUGCUGGUGCCAGACCAAAGAAAAAAAUCAAGAAGAUGUACGAUCUCACUGCAGCUGACAGGUUCUGGCAGAAGCACAAGGGCAGUCCAUUUCCAGAAGUGGCAGAGUCAGUUCAGGAGGAGUUGGACACGUACAGAGCCCAGGAGGAUGAGGUCAAACGUCUGAAGAGUAUCAUGGGUUUAGAAGGGGAGGAUGAAGGAGCUAUCAGCAUGCUGUCUGACAACACAGCCAAGCUCACCUCUGCUGUCAGCUCUCUACCAGAGCUUCUUGAAAAGAAAAGAUUGAUUGAUCUUCACACCAAUGUUGCCACUGCAGUGCUUGAUCACAUCAAGAGUCGUAAACUUGACGUUUACUUUGAAUAUGAAGAGAAGCUGAUGAGCAAAUCAACCUUAGACAAAUCGCUGCUGGACAUCAUCAGUGACCCAGAUGCUGGGACGCCAGAAGACAAAAUGAGACUUUUCCUCAUCUACUACAUCACUGCUCAGCAGCCUCCUUCAGAGUUUGACUUGGACCAAUACAAAAAGGCUCUGUUGGACACAGGCUGUGACCUUUCACCCCUCACCUACAUCAAACAGUGGAAGGCUUUUACCAAAAUGGCUGCCACCCCAGCCAACUAUGGAAAUAGUGGAGUCAAGCCCAUGGGGCUGUUUUCUAGAGUCAUGAAUACGGGUUCCCAGUUUGUCAUGGAGGGUGUGAAGAACCUUGUACUCAAACAGCAUAACCUUCCGGUCACUCGGAUCCUGGAUAACCUGAUGGAGAUGAAGUCCCAUCCUGAAACAGAUGACUAUCGGUACUUUGACCCAAAAAUGCUGCGAGGCAGUGAGAGCUCCAUUCCCAGGAACAAGAACCCAUUUCAAGAGGCCAUUGUGUUUGUUGUUGGAGGAGGAAAUUACAUUGAGUACCAGAACCUGGUGGACUAUGCCAAGGGGAGGAGGGUUGUUUACGGCUGCAGUGAACUCUUCAAUGCUUCUCAGUUUAUCAAACAGCUCUCGCAACUCGGCCAAAAGUGACAUGGGCAGCAGCCGUACGUGGAUCUCUCUCUCUCUCCGCUGAUCUCUUCAUUCUAACUUGUUUUAUAUCAGUUGUCUUCUGUUAAAGGACUAAAACAAUGUCUGUCUUUGCAAAAUCUGUUCCAUUCACAUUCAAAUAAAGCUUAACAAUUUCUAAUCAA